UACAAACAAAUCGAAACGAAAUUGUUUAUUUUUUUAUUUUUUUCACCCCGAAUGUUUUAACGAGUAAAUUUAAAUGAAUGAAGAUCGAAGGAAGAAAAGUUCCCGUUACCGUUCGAGUUCCAAGAUGAACAAUCUCGACGUCGAGGAUUCCGUUAUACUAAAAUUAACCGAUGAAAACAACAGAGCCAUGUUUCGUGAACAAACAAAAACUAGCUCCAGACCGGCAGAUUUCGAUAAAAUAUGUCUUCUAACCAUGGAUGAAAUAAAUCUGUUGAUAGAUAAAUGCUUAAACAUCACGAUGGCCCAACCGAUGCUUCUGGACUUACAUCCACCAAUAAAUAUAUGCGGUGACAUUCACGGUCAAUUUUUGGAUCUGUUGUGGAUUUUCGAAUGCGGCGGAAUCCCGCCGGCAGCGAACUAUCUUUUUUUGGGCGAUUACAUCGAUCGUGGUAAUUACUCGAUCGAAUGCAUUUGCCUGUUGAUGGCGUACAAAGUAAAAUACCCGGAUAGAUUUUUCAUGCUGCGAGGUAACCACGAAAGCAACCCGGUCAACGAAAAUUACGGAUUCCUCGUCGAAUGUAUGACGAGAUUCAAUAAAGCUUUAUGGAUCCAUUUCGGCGAAUUCUUCGAUUGCUUACCGUGCGCUGCCAUCGUAGGUGAGAAGAUAUUCUGCGUCCACGGUGGCCUCAGUCCGCAAUUGAAAGCGUGGGAUCAGAUACGUAAAAUCCAGCGACCCAUUACCACCCCCGUCAACGGUCUUUUGUGCGAUCUAGUCUGGGCUGAUCCGGAUAAAGGACCCAUUGGAUAUGUGGAAAAUGCUGCUAGAGCUAUUUCCUACAGGUUUGGAACUGACGUCGUGCACGAGUUCUUGAAACGAAUGAAAAUGAAUUUAAUCGUUCGAGCACACGAAGUUAUGAGGAAAGGUUACGAAAUUAUCGGUAAAAAUGGACUAAUAACGGUUUUCUCAGCUCCAAAUUACACCGGCGUCUUCGGUAACGAUGGCGCCAUUUUAAGCGUCAACGAACAACUCGAAUGCACUGUUGUUGUUUUAAACUAUAAAUAUAAAAAAGCUCAAAAGUCCAUGAAAUGCGAAUGGCACAAUAACGUUUUAAAACACCGUCCAUCUUCGACAUAUCAACGGGAAUAGAACCCGGAAACGGAAAAUUGUCAAUGUCCAAUUCAGUGUUGCCAGAUGACGCGAAUGAAAAAAACAUCGUUGGAUUAAGGGUGCAUUUUUGAGUUAUGAUAAUUUUUGCAUUUUAAUUAUC